AAAGCUUGCGGCGGUGACGUCAUCGGGGCCCGCGCUGUGAGCGCGCGCUUCAAACGACGACGGCGGCGGUGGCGUUCAGAGGCUGAAAGUUCGGCGGAAGGUGGAAGGAGGUUGGUUGUAGAAGAAGGUCGUCCACAACAGAGUGGCGAUGCCUCCGCCGUCCUCGCGGAGUCGGCCGCUGCGGAUGAAGACAGCGACACGGAGGCCCGAGUGGGACGACACUGUCUCUGACCUCACCGUAUACCGUGCCACCCCUCAGGAGAUGGAGAAGCGUCGCGAGAAUUCCCGAUCAUCAAAUGAAACUCGGCCCUGGUCUCGUGGAUCAGGAUCGCACAACGCAAUGGUAACACGGGAGGUUCUCUCUCCAUGGAGAGAUAUUCAUGAUGUUCUGUCAAAAUCGGAUCAAACACUGGUGGAUGCGAGGGGUGCGUUUGGAGAAAGACUCUUCCGACACACUGGUUUCCCAGCCGUGACCCGUGCCCCUGGCGUGACCUCGUAUGACCCUCUCCUAGCCUCACCACCCCCUUGCCGCACUCAGCUUUCCCUGCUCAGUGAAUCCGUCAUGGCAACACGGGCUUUGAACGACAUUGGAAGCGAAGCUGAACAUCAUUGGAAGGGAUCACAUGACCCACGAUCCAUCCAAUCAGACGAAGACCUGGAUGUGACUCCCUCUUCGCAGCCGAACCCCCAUGGAGCCGCUCUUAACAACACGGAAGCUGUGCAGCGCGUGGCCUCACGACUCUGCCAGGGAGAGUCAAAGGAGGAUGGUGGGAGCCUCCCAGCAAACAACGAUCACACCCUCCCACAGAAAGACUCGCGUCACAACAACAGCAACAACAACAGCAGCAUCGAUAGCAGCAGCAGAAAGCAUAGUAACUUUGAGGAUCCAGAAUUGGCCUCUAAGGUUCAUCAGCUUUUGUCCCGACUGGAGAUUGCUGUAAAGGAGUGUGGACGCACGGACAUGGGUGUCUCCGAGUCUCAAGCAUCUGUCUCCCCAGAUGCUAGAGACUUGGAGUCCUUGACUCCAAAGUCUCUUUCUCCGUGGGUCUACGCAGAGGCUGCACUGAGAAACCUGGAGAAAGUGACAUCACUACUCACUGAGACCCGGAGCGAGGUGUCUCGUCUGCGUGAGGAGCGAUCCCUCCUCCUCGCCAUUACAGCCGAGAUGAUGUCAACCCGUGAUGACAUCGCUCUCCUGCAGGUUCGUCUGCAGCAUCAUGUUGUCUCUGUGGAGGAGGAGAUGAUGACCGUCAGGCACACACUGGCAUCGCUCAGCUCGUCUAGUCCCGGCACUACUGGGAAAUCAGCUCAGGUUCUAACCCAACAACUGUCACAGAAAAAUGCUGAGAGAGAUAAACAGGAGGCAGCUGCAAGGUCUUCCCUGCUGCAGCAGGUGGAGCAGCUGUCGCUGCAACAGGCAGCUGCUUGGGGCAGACUCCAACAGCUACAGCAGCAACAGCUCCCAACAACUGAGGCAGUUUCUCCCCCCAUCUCUCCCAUCCCGCCCCUCCCUCCUCGCCCCUCCCUCUCAACCCCGAGUCCUGAAGGAUCCACACUUUCAGGAUCCCAGCAAAGACUCCCACAGGUGUCCAUGGAGCUGCCAGACUUAAGAAAACCCAGGACCCACACACAAGUGGACGUGGGAGCUGGUGUUAUAUCGGACACUGUAUCUCAUCGUGCCGAUAACAAGGAUGGAGGUGGUUGGUUUGCGCUAUCUCACGCUGUGGUCUGAAGUGAUGCUGGGAGGUCAACAUCGUCAUUACUAUCCUGAUCGUCAAUAGAAGCAGCAGCAACGAUCUCUUCGACUAAAAAUACCAACAUCACUAUUACUAAUAUCGUCAUCAUAAUUACUAUCAUCAAUAACAUAAACAUUAUCGUUGUCAACAUCAACAUCUGAAUAAUCACAACAUAAACAUGAAUUUACAUAAUGAACGUCACUACCAUUAUCAAAACCAUAAUCAAUUACAUUAUUUGCAUCACCUUCGUCAGCCUCCACAUAAUUUUCACCAGCGGCAACUCUACAACAAUCGCCACAGCCCCGUCUACAAAACCACCCCAUCACGAAGUUCCAUCGUCACUCACGUCUAUGUGUUGCACUCGCCGAUUUUAACGAUGUUUUUUUUUGUCGUCAGUGUACUUAUUCAUAUUCUUCUGGUCUUUCGGUAAAGCCACGUAGAUAGAAAAAAAUAUAAAAAAUAUCACGUUUCGAUCACAACACAAGCAACCAAAAUCGUUAACUCCAGCCCCUAUCUACGUGCCCAACCCUAAACCAUAUUUUAAUUACCAUUAUUUUAAAAAAUGUAUGUAACGUUUCUUUUUAAUAAUGAUUUUGUUAUACAGGCAUGUUAUGCAAGUCACAACAACAUGUAUUCUUAAAUAAUAUUUUUAAAGUGAUCUAAAUCCAACAAU